AUGCAGCAUCAUCCUGAAUUGAGGCAAAUAUCAAAUAUCUGUCCAUGGAAGAAGAAGAAGAAGAAGAAUGAGAAGAAUGUAACAAGUCCCAUCCUGACUAACGAAUUUAAUGACAAUGUAAAGGGCAACAACGUGACGUCCCAUCGCAAAACCAGGGUUGCAGUUGAGGAUAGUGACGCUGACAAGGAAUGUAAAGAAAAGCUUUCACCACCGUUCAAUCUGAUGCGAGAUUCCGUGAAACCAGUUGCUGCUCUUUCUCCCUUCUAUCAGGUCCCCAUUCCAAGUCAAGAUAAGGAUUCCGAAGAAGAGGUGAAACACUCCUACACGGGAUCCCUUUAUCUGCGAUUCCUCCCUCUGGCCGCCUUCGUGUCUAAUCAGCCCGCGUGGUUCCCUUGA